AGAUUUUUAGUUCAAAUUAUGUAGUUCAAGAUAGGAAGGUCGCAGUAUCAACAACAUGUCCAUGUUGCGAGUGUUCAUUGGUUUGAUAUGUUGGAUUGGGACAAGCUCAUGUCAAGGUCAGUAAGCAUAAGACGGUUUAAUUUUUAUUUAUGUUUUUAUUUUUUUGGGGAACAAACCUAAUAUGACGAGCCGUCAUUGUAUAAGGUAAAACAAACCUAAUAUGACGAGCCGUCAUUGUAUAAGGUAAAACAAACCUAAUAUGACGAGCCGUCAUUGUAUAAGGUAAAACAAACCUAAUAUGACGAGCCGUCAUUGGGUAAGGUAAAACAAACCUAAUAUGACGAGCCGUCAUUGUAUAAGGUAAAACAAACCUAAUAUGACGAGCCACCAUUGUAUAAGGUAAAACAAACUUAGGUAUACUUUUCUUAUAUAUUCUUUGCGUAGAAAACAAGGGAAAUAAAUAGUUGACUUUUGGUAAAAUUUAUUUAUUUAUUAAAAUCCAAAAUGUACGAUUCAUUACAACAGUGUUUCCUUCUCAUUUCUCUUCAAGACGCUCCCUUAGCAAUGAAUUUCACAUACCAGAUGUACGAGAACUCAUCCAAGGUACAAGUGACUUUGACGUGCCUGGCAACAGGUCUGUUUUUCAAUGCCAUCAGUGACAUUUUUAUUGUUGUUUUUUUGUUUGUUUUGUUUUUAAACUUGAUUUUUUUGGAUAAUAGACAUUUUAAUUAAUCAACUGUUGACUAUUUAGCCUAUUUUUUAAAUAUAUAUUUUUUGUUAUUGUGUUUUUUAUUAUUUUAAAAUAAAAAUUCCCCAUUUUUAUUAUUUAGUUUAGAUUUUUCUAAUCAAAUAACAGAUUUAAACUUUACCACACGCUUAUUAUAAAUUGUCAUGCAAAAUAUCAUUUUCAUGGUUUACUUUGCUGGUCGUUAUCUCUGGUUUUAAGUUAGCGGCAUAGGAUCGGUUUUGUGAAGUUUGCGUUCAGUAUAGCUAGGGCCAUUUUUAAACAAAAUAUUAUUAUUUUUUUUCAAAAAUAUGAGUGGGGAGCAUUUCCAGCAAACUGUAGAGUACUUUCCGUGGAAAUUUUCGGGUGACAUAAAACUUGCCCCAGCUGCGCCCCUGAUUUGACUGAUGUGGAAAGGAAUACUUUCUCUACAGUUUGGGUUUACUCUACAGGUUAUCCCGAAAAAAUGACACUAAUGAAGCUGGGAGACAACUCCAUGGCACAACACAUCGUUCGAAGCCGUCACAAAAGUUAUCUGCUUUGGAAAGUGCUGUUGCUAGACGCGUCGUGUCAUGACGCCGGAACAUACAAGUGUGCGGUCACCGGACAACAUAACCUGUCCACAACACUCGAAGUGCCACAGCAUAUGUUGAGUACGAUAAUAUGUGUAUUUUAGUUGUCUUUAUGUGCUGAACAGAUAUAUAUAUAUAUAUUUACUUUACUUUUUUUAUUUUCCAAUCAGAAGUAUAUGAUGUUAACUAUGUUUUUUUAAAAUUAAAAUAAGUAUGUUGCUCUUCUUGGAAUGAAAUAUGAAUACGGGCGUAUAAGGCGGAGGGCUAAUCACAACCAGAGUUGCACUUCUUAUUCUAUUAAAGGAGAUGAGAUGUUUCAGAUUCAGAUGUAUUGGUAUUUUUCGUGUGGGGGAGCUGAAAAAUUCUUGCUCCACCAUCAGAAGGCACUAUCCUUUGUGUCGUGACCGAUAUGGAAGUAUGUAUAAAAUUAACAAAACAAGAUUAUCUAGGUCACAUUUCAUCACACUUGUAAGCCUUGAUUUAAUCCAAAAUAUUUUUUUUGUGUGUACAAGGCAAAGUAAUGCUCGCUGGCCAGGGACCAGCAUUUGUGGGAACGCUAGUUUCGAACUGUGAUUUUUGUGUGCUUCUUAGAGUUACGGCACAAUAGUUGCAUGAAACAUUUUAUAGGAAUAUGGAUCACAGAACUCAGUUUAUUAAGGGGUUUUCCAGAGUUUCACUUGUUAAUCUUGGUGACACACUAGAGUCACACAUUGGAACCUGAUUAAAAAUAUAUCUUUUAUCCUAGCACCGUCGUUUUAUUUAAUAGAAUACAUAUAUAUAUAUAUAUAUAUAUAUAUAUAUAUAUAUAUAAAUUUUGAAUUACUAAAACAAAUAGAGUAAGGAGGUAGUAUGGUUGCUAAUACUUUUUAAAAAAUGUCCUAAAUUGUGGUCCCAAAGUACGUCACGGGACGCUAAAGUUACAACCGGAUGUUGGUCACCGUAUGCCUUCAUACUUUCUUAGAACCUCUGUUUGGCAAGAAAUAUUUUUUACCUGGAGCCAGGUGCGUGUUAAUAUGCUCCGUAUGAAAGUGUGAUGGGUUUUUUCUGGUUAUUCUUAAUAUAUAUAAGAGUGCGUUCAGAGUUAUACGAAUGAUAUAAAAAGAUUACAGUAGAAUCAAGCGUUUGAAAAAAAAUAUGGUAAAGUGUGUCCUUAGAAAGAAAGUGAAUUACUCAAACGUUUCAUUUUCUUACAUAAAUGUAAUAACAAAUCAACAAAAAACAAGUGUGAGCAUAUUUCGUGAAUGUGUAAUCUAACACCGUAUUUUAAAUUUUCUCCCAUGGAAAGCUCUACAAUUCAUAAUCUACCAAGUGUGAAUGUCGUUACCUUUAGUGUACAACGUAAUCAAAUAUAAUAUUCCUUUCCUAACCACAGAAUGUAAGGACGGGAAAACCAAGCAUCUGUUGGCGGUGCUCGUGACACUGUCUCUGACGUUGGUCAUCAUCGUCAAUGGCAUUCUUCUAUAUUUUGGAAUAAGACGUAUGCAGCUAUUAGAAAAUAAUCAUUAUGUUAGAAGCACAGUUAAAAUAGCAUUAAACUUCAUAUUAAAAGAUACGUUUUAACCAUUGCUCACGAUGAGUGUCGAGUCAGUGUGCUAGAUUCAAUUAAUCAAUAAUGUAUCAGUUAAAUCAGUGGAGAUACCUAAACUCUCAUUCACCAUUACAUUGAAGCAUAAAGCAAAUAUUGAAAGUAAAAAAUUAUUAUUUGCAAUAUUUAUUAACUAAUUUUAAAUAAGAAUCAUAAUAUGACUUAUAGUAUAAGUUCAGGCGAAACUUUAUCUGUUUCUGUAAUACUUCCAGUUUUUAUCUGUAUGUAGGUAAUUUACCCACAUUAUGUAAUAUUCAUCGAUACAUCCACCUUAUGUUAAUAUGACAUGGAUGCAUCCAUCGUAUGCCAUUAUGGAAUGGAUACAUGCACAUUAUAGCAUCUAUUUUUCUCAUUAUAACAUGGAUAAAUCCACAUUGCCUUAUAACAUAAAUACAUCCACAUUAUACCUUUGUGACACGGAUACAUGCCAAAGAAACAUGCAUUUUCGAGAAUUAACUUUUAUUGUAUAUUUCCCUUUAUUGUAUCUUUCCCAGAAAAAAAUCGCCACGAAAAAAUAGACUAUGUCAGGUAUAAAUUUGUUGUUUUUUUUAGUCAAUAGAUUAAAAUUAAUUUGGCCUUAGACACAUUACUCCAUUUUAAUUAGAAGAAACAAUGCAUUGCUGAGAUAUUUGUAUAUGUUGCAGUGGUAAAAUAUACAUAUGAGUGUGCAUACACACAUGUUUUCGUAAAGAAACUCUAUAUAUUUUUUACAAUAUGUUUACAUUUUUCAUGUAAGAUAUAUCUUUUUUAACUAUGUCGUCAUUUUAAUAUCCCCAAGAAAAAAAAUACUUCUCCUUUACAGGUGGACAGAAAACAUGGUGUUUUCAGGUAAGUCUGACUGUUGAAACGAAGCGUUCUCUUUCUAUUGUCCAGUCUUAUACUUCAAGUUUCCACAUACCUUGUUCCACUAUUUCAUGCAUACAGCUUCCAUGCAGUUCUUCAAUUAAUAUCGCAAAAAUUUUGACCAUGCAGUAAAUAAGUAGAACAGACAAUGUGUAACUUAUUGGAGUAAUUUCAGGUGUCGUGCGUAAUUUAAAGCAAACAUUUAAAUAGCUUAAAUCUUGAUUGAUAUGUUGCCUAUAAGGAAACUAACAGAGCACAUAAAAAUAAAACAAAAACAUGUAUUAAUCUUAAAUACGUAUUAUCGUUCAAUAUUUUAUCAUUUUACAGGCAACAGGACCGAAAUUGAAAUGCCAAUCGAAAAUAUGUCAGCCUGCCAAGAUGAUGUUGUACAGGACGAUCAGCAGGCGGUGACCUCGUCCGAAAAGUUGACCAUUACCGCAGCCGUCGCCUUACACGACAGUUACUAUAGCAACCCUUCUUCCGAGACAGGUAGAGUUGAGGCGGUAAAGGAAGAGUCAGAACUAAUCUAUGGCACCACGUGUGAAGUGAUGCGUCGUGAAUCUCUUACGACCGAAGAUGGUUAUGAGAGCACGGUUGUCCUAAGAGAGAAAUUAGGAGUUCAAAUAAACGACUGCUAUCAUGAGUCCAGUCGCAAAGAUACAACCUACGUUUUAGAAGAUACGAUUCCCUGUGAAGAAUCUUCACAGAUGGGUACAAUGCAUCGUCCGAGUUCAAAUCGAUUACAUGUUAAAUGUUUAGAGGAGCCCACAAGUGACGCUGUCAAACAUAAAUCAAGUGAUGAAACAUUAGAAGCUGGGAGGCGAUUAGGAUCAGUGGAGGCUAGUGACUUGUAUUAGUUGUGUCGAUGCUUUAAAAUAUAUUGAAACAUAUGUUAAUGAAAUAUAUGUAUAGAGACAUACACAGACACAAAGAAAUAAAACUAUUAUAUAAUAAAAGCC